AUGGGCAGAGGUGGCUAUGGGGUCGUCUACGAGGUCGCGUUAAUAGAGGACCCAAAACAACGAUUUGCUUGCAAGGUGUCUAGUGUCGCAUGACCGAACCAUCCGCUUGUUCAGGCCGAAAAGAUGGAUAACAAAAAUAGUCUUCAAGUAGAGUGGAAACUGAUGAGCAUUCUGAAGGAAAAAGGUUCCAAACACGCGCUUCAAGGCGUCGAGAUCGGAAGACAUGUCGGCGUCAAUUUUAUCGUGAUGGAUCUCCUGGGUCCUACGCUGUCUGAUCUCCGAAGGCGGACCACAUCAAGGGUAACCCUUCCUUCCUUCAAGAGAUCACCUCAUGGAUUGCUCUAGACGCUCACGCUUUUUUCGACGACCGUCGUCGCCAUCCAGAUGUUCGACGCGAUUCGUGAAAUUCAUGACGUUGGGUUUUGUUCAAAUUCCGUCUAGUCUUAACUUCGGAAAAUUUUUAGAUAUGUACACCGCGACGUAAAACCUUCUAACUUUGCUAUAGGAUUGCUAGGAAGUUCCAAAGAAAUUAUUGUCCACAUUAUCGAUUUUGGUAUUAGUCGAAAUAUUUACGUGAGUUUUGACAGUUAACGCAUUUGAAAAAGAUUGGAAGUCUUCAGAAAAUCACAGAUGGAGCGAAACAGCUUCGAAAACCAAGAAAACGAGUUCCUUUCAGGUGCUUCUUUCGCAGUUUGACAGAAUAGUGAUGAUUUGACAGGGGGACAAUGCAGUACUGCUCGCUGAACGUGCACAAUCGAGUGGACCAAGGGCCUCACGACGACCUUUGGUCUUGGCUCUACACGACGGUGGAACUCCUACUCGGCGACUUACCGUGGCAUGGUCUAGAGCAAGAACAGACGCGUCUGGCAAAAGCCGCUCGACAAGUACGGCUGACUUUGGUCCUUAAAACACAUGUUUCAUGAUACAAGACAAGUAAUCUAUAUAAAUGUAACCUACAGAUCUAAUAAAAUCAAAAAAUAGUAGCACUUAGUAAAAGAUCACUGCUUAGGUAAUUUAUUUGUUUUUCUAAACUCCCCUCGUGUGGCUGAAAAGUUUAAAACUGUACAAAAUUAUUUGGGACAGGACGAGCUUCUAGAGAAGUGUCCGGAGGAGUUGCGCUUCAUCAGAGGCCACCUCGACGCCCUUGCCAUCAACAAGGCACCAUGUCCGUCUCUCAAUUUGUCUUUUUUUCCCAUUUGUCAGUUACAGUGUACGAGGAAAUUCGAGAAACGCUAGCCAGCAUUUUCUUCAAGAACAAAUUCACCUGGGAGAUGAAGCUUGACUGGCAAGCUGGAGGCAAACAUGAAGAGUCUUUUCAUCAUAUCAGGCAAGAACCACAGAGAACCCAUAAAAACGUUCGCCCACAGUCAUAAGCCAUCUUCGACUGAAGGUCCCGUGGAACUGCUGAAGAUUUUGAACCUCCCACAGCAGGCUCGAGAGAUCACAGAAAACGUGGGUGAAUCUCUAAAUUUAUCUAAAGUUGCGUUCUCAGCGACUGACGGUGGUGGUGGAACUUUUCGAUAUUCCAUCCUCGGUGUCAGAAACGGACGAUACAGUGGCCGCUCCAGAAAGCGUUCCAGAAGUCGAACCGCCUAAGCCGACGAAACAACCGAAAAUGGGGCCACCGAAAACUCCUUUGCGCAAAAGUAAAUCCACAAGUAACCAGUUCAAGUUGGUGAAAAAAGUGGGCAGACAUCGGCCUUCUCAACAGAAGAAGACCAAACAGUUUGUAGGCUUUCGUUUUCAAAAUUAAAACUAUCUUAUAGGACAAAGCGGUGA